AAAAAAAAAGGAAAACCACAAGAGAAUUAGAAUUUUCCUCCUCCCUUCCCUUCCCUUCCUCUCGCCGAACCAACGCGGAAGAAGGAGCUCGCCCGCCGGCUAGGGUUUGCCGCACACCCGCCGCCGAGCAGCUAGCACCGGAGUGUUGGGAGGGGAGGCUCGCCCGCCGCCGCCGCCAUGCCGCAGUCGGUGCUCGUCGACCGCGCGACGAGCGAGUCGCUCAUCGGGCCCGACUGGUCCCUCAACCUCGAGAUCUGCGACAUCCUCAACCACGACCCCUCCCAAGCCAAAGAUGUAGUGAAGUCUAUCAAGAAACGCAUUGGGCACAAGAACUCAAAGAUCCAGCUUCUCGCACUAACAUUGCUGGAGACACUGAUUAAAAAUUGUGGAGACUUUGUUCAUAUGCACGUUGCUGAGAGGGAUAUACUCCAUGAAAUGGUGAAGAUAGCUAAGAAAAAGCCUGAUUAUCAUGUAAAAGAGAAGAUACUAAUUCUGAUAGACACUUGGCAAGAAGCUUUUGGUGGUUCCCGUGCAAGAUAUCCGCAAUAUUAUGUAGCAUAUCAAGAGCUCCUGCGCGCUGGAGCUGUAUUUCCUCAAAGACCAGACAGCUCUGUGCCAAUCUAUACUCCUCCACAGACUCAACCUCUACGGAAUCUUCCUCCAGCUCUGCGUAAUACUGAGCGUCAACAAGAAGCACCUGAAUCUUCUUCAACACCAGAAGUACCUACACUGAGUUUGACAGAAAUCCAGAAUGCACGUGGUGUCAUGGAUGUUCUUUCAGAGAUGUUGAAUGCUAUUGAUCCUGGCAACAGAGAGGGUCUAAGACAGGAGGUUAUUGUGGACCUUGUGGAUCAAUGUCGUUCUUACAAGCAGAGGGUGGUACAGCUUGUCAACUCAACCACGGACGAGGAGCUGCUAAGCCAGGGUCUUUCAUUGAAUGAUGAUUUACAGCGUGUUCUUGCAAAACACGAUGCAAUUGCUGCAGGCAUAGCAGUUCGUGUAGAAAAACCAAAAUCAGUCCAGGCCCGAGGGGACAAGUCUCCAUCAAUCAAACCAGAAGGGGCAAAACAGCCAGAUCAGAGGUCUUCUGAAGCUGCCAGUACCGUGACUCCAUUUGAGCAAUUAGCGCUUCCAGCACCUGCAUCAUCCAGCAGUUCCAAACCUCCUGUAGAACCAGCUGUUGGCCCUAGUAUUGACCUACUUAGUGGUGAUGACUACUUCAAGCCAGAACCUGUUAAUUCCCAGGCCCUUGUUUCUGUAGGCAAUCCACCUGCUGCUUCAGCCAACAAUACCUUGGACCUGGUAGACAUGUUUGCACAAAGCAAUGUUGGCAACAACCCGAACCCUGCUGUCACCUCUUCUAUGUUGAAUUCAAAUCCUAGUCUCUCUGAGCCACAGCUGUAUCCCUCACAGCAGACUGUGCCACCACAACAGCCUUCUCCAUACUCUAAUGGGUUAACUUCAAAUACAAUGGCACCGUAUGAUCAACCCUCUGACAUAAACGCCACAGGUUCAUGGAAUAGUCAAUUUGCUCAUGGAAUGCUUCCUCCACAGCUUCCUCCACAACUUCCUCCACAGCAACCACCAAAUUACGGUCAAGGUCAAGAUCAGAGUGGUGAUCUCCCACCACCACCCUGGGAAACUCAACCUGCAGAAAGUGAUCAAUUCCAGCCUGGGCAACCUCGUGGGCUAGCAAUGCCAUCAGGGCAAAUUGGAGGCAUUCAAUCCCAACCUGUUCAAGUUCAGCCCGGGCAAGUUGCACCAUUACAACCAAUGCUGACCGGGCAACCCACAGGAAUGCAGUUUCAGCAAGGGUUUGGGGAUCAGCUUGGGGCUCAACAAACACAACCCUUGCACACACAAUAUGGUGGAAUGUAUCCUACAAUGCAAGGUAACCAAUCAGCUGGCAUGUAUCCCCAGCAGAUGGCUGGAGAUUUCUACCAGCAACAGAUGUAUGGUGGUCAGAUGGCUGGUUAUGGAUACGGUCAGCAGUCUGGAGGAUACUAUGCUCCAAACGCUGCGUAUGGGUAUGGCGGUGCAAACGAGCUUUCUCAGGGAAUGAAUGGCCUUGCAGUGCAAGAUAACAGUUUGUAUGGAACUUCUGCAUCCUCUUCCUUCCAGCAGCCAAUGAGGCCAUCCAGACCCGAGGAUUCCCUCUUUGGUGAUCUUGUUAGCAUUGCUAAAACAAAGCCUAGCAAAACUGCAGCUAAUAAGGCUGGUGGCUUGUAAAGAUGAGUGGAUGCUUAUUAACACUUGUGGCCGCGGAGAUAGCUUUUCCUCAUAGUACAUAAGUUCUUUGAAUUAUUUUUCUCUAUUGGAAAGUAGUAGGUGAGCGUUAUAGAUUCUGAAAUUCAUAGCGAGUGCGGUUCAGUAAAUUUUUCUCUGUCAACUUGCAAGCAAUUAUAGUGUGUUUGCUUCUUGCAAGCUCUUAAUUUCCUGCGCCAUCAGGAGUUUUCUGUAGUCUGUAAACCUUGGUAAGAAAAAACCAUUGAACAUUCUUUAAUGUUUCCUGUAAAGAAUUGAUAUCGUCAAGUAUUAUACUGGUAGCUA